AUGAAAUCUGUAGUUUGUUUCGCGUUAUUGACUAUUAUCAAUUUGGCACUCUGUGAUACCGUUCCACAUCCUCGGGGAUGCAUAUAUAUUAAGGGAAGGUGUUACAGAGAAUGUGAGGAGGGUACUCAAGCUUACGCUCUUGGAUGUGGUUACUUGACAAAGGAGGCGACAUGCGAGGAACCAAAUCCUCAACCAGACACGCGUGCAAACAUUUGCGACAUUUCUGUUUGCUACUGUGCUCCUCCGACUGUUAGGGAUCCCGUCACUAAGAAAUGUGUCCCGCUGGAAGAGUGCACCAAACAGGAAUAA